AUGUCUCGGCUUGAGGAAAAAGCAGAAUUCACUUCCGAAAAUAUACAAUCUGAUGAUUCGAAGACCGUACAAGCCCCUCCCGACGGGGGCCUCACAGCUUGGCUCCAAGUUCUUUGCAUGCACUUUACAUUCUUCAAUUCCUGGGGUGUUAGCAACAGCUUCUCUGUCUUCGAGCAGCUAUAUACCGCUGAACUAGGAAAUUCGUCGUCAGAAAUAGCUUGGAUCGGCAGUGUACAGGUCUCGCUGCUCUUCUUCUUGGGAGCUUUCGCGGGCCGCGCAACUGAUGCUGGAUACUUUCGAAUCGUUUACACCAUCGGUGCCUUUCUGCAAGUCUUUGGGCUCUUCAUGCUUUCGCUUUGCAAGACCUAUUGGCAGAUUUUUCUCGCUCAAGCUGUGUGUAUGGGCCUCGGUAAUGGACUUACCUUUGCACCUGGUCUCGCUAUCAUGUCCUCUCACUUCGCCAGACACCGUGCUGUUGCUGUCGGAAUAGCUGCUGCCGGUGCUGCAACUGGAGGUCUCGUCUAUCCUGUGCUUGUCGACCAGCUGCUCUAUACACAACAAAUCGGAUUCGGCUGGACUGUGCGUGCCGCCGGUCUAGUGAUGUUGAUUACUCAAAUCCCUGGACUUUUCCUUUAUAAGCCUCGCUUCAAAGCACGUUCGUCAGGCCCUUGGAUCGAUUGGAGCGCAUUUAAAGAAGCACCGUUUGUGUUCUUCACUCUAAGUAUGUUUCUCAAUUUCUGGGGUUUAUAUUUCGCCUUCUUUUUCCUGGGAAACUUUGCACGAGAUCGCAUUGGAGUGGAGAAUACCAUGCCUUUCGUCUUGGUGUUGAACGGCGUUGGAGUCAUUGGACGCAUUGUGCCCAGCAUUCUGGGGGAUCGAUUGACUGGAAAACUCAAUAUUCUUGUUCCGCUCAGUCUAUCUGCUGCCAUAGUCAUAUUUUCUUGGAUCGCUGUGGACUCUAUUGGUGGGCUAUAUGCAUUCACUGUCGUCUAUGGUUUGGUUGGUGGAGCUGCCCAGUCACUCUUCCCUGCAACUGCGAGCACUAUGACACCAGAUCUCAGGAGAAUAGGAACAAGGAUUGGGAUGAUCUUGAGUAUUGUCGGAUUUGCAACAUUGACGGGUCCUGCUAUUGAUGGUGUGUUGAUCCAGCGAGCAAGUGGAAGCUUCACAGGUGCACAAGCGUUUGCUGGAACCUGCAUUAUACUAGGAGCAUUUUUUGCCGCCUGUUGCAGGGUAGCAAAGGGCGGAUGGAAACUCAGAGUGAAAGUAUGA